AUGUUUCUGGUGUUUUAGGCGUUGGUGACUUUCGAGGAUGUGGCUGUGGACUUCAGCCCCGAGGAGCUAACACACCUCAGUGCCGCUCAGAGGAGCCUGUACCAGGAGGUGAUGCUGGAGAAUUACCGGAACCUGCUCUCCUUAGGGCACCGGUUCUCCAAGCCUGACCUCAUCGCACGGCUGGAGGAGGAGGAGGAGUCGCGUGUGGUGGGUGACUCCCGGCAUGCCCGCAUAGGAGGGUCUUCUGAUGAUCCUCUGGAUUCGUGCCGGUUCAACAAGGAGAAAUGCUUGAGUCCUGCGGCAGUGAGGGAGCCCAGGACCCUCGCUCAGGAAAGAAGCCAUCACAGUGAACUUGAGAGCAGCUCAGAUGCUACUAAGCAGCCACAGGGUCUAGGAAGGGGUCCCCAGGAGUGUGCUUCUGAGAUGGGCGCAAGCCCCUGGCUGCUGAGAGAGAAGCCUUCCCUCCGACAGAACAGACACAGUAGACGGGAGUCCUGUGAAGGAAGCUGUUGUACCCAGAAGGCCCCCAAGACACACGAGCAGGUCCGCCCCAGGCAGAGACCCUUCGAAUGUGAGUGGUGCGGGGAAGCCUUCUACCUCCUGCCACACCUCACCCGACACCAGAGGACUCACGGCGGCCACCAGUCCCCUGGGGGCGGCGAAGGCGGCCGGCCUUGCAGCCGGCGUGCAGGCGCCUGUGGCCAGGUGAGACCCCGUCAUCAGGACACCUACCAUGAAUGUGCCCAGUGCGGCAGAGCAUUCACCCAGGACGAGCACCUUCUUCAACAUCUCAGAGACCACGAGGCCGCCAGCGCCCUCCCGCCCAGGCUGCCCCACAACAAGAUGUACUUGAUUCGCUACCAGCGGGAACCCGAGUACGUGGGCGAGCGGGCCUGCCGGUGCUGUGACUGCGGCAGGGCCUUCAGCCGGAGCUCGUACCUGGCCCAGCACUACCGGAUCCACGCCCGGGAGGAGCCCUACCAGUGCCAGCUGUGUGGCAGGUGUUUCAGCCGGCCCUCCUGCCUCACGCGGCACUACCAGCUCCACUCCCAGGGGCAGCCCGCCGGGCGCGGCUCCUGCUCAAGCGCCUUCGGCCAGAGGACACCCUCAGGGUCAUUGGCGCCCCCCCGGGGAGUGACCCCCAGGUGCUCUGAACGUGAGGAGGCCUCCCCCCGCCCCACAGCUUGUUGA